UAAUCGCCGAUCUCAGGCGGCUGGGCUGCGCUGGGGCUGAGCGGCUCCAGCCCAGGCUGGGGUUGUGUGAGCAGCGGGAGCAUUCUUCCAAGGUAAUGAUUAAGCUGAGUGCCUGGCAAGGGCACGGGCUGAGAGCAGGGAAGGUGAGCCCUAUUCACACCUCGGCCAGGCUGCGGUGGCCAGGACUGGUUUGGGAAGGGAGGGCCCGGGUGUGCAGCCACAGCCAGCAGCCUCCUACCUACACAAGGGUGUUCGGGAGCAUCUCAGGGCCGAAGACUUUGCUGCCUGCCCUGCCAGGACUUUGUCCUCACCCCUGGCACCAUGCAGCUCCAGGUGUUCUGGACUGGGCUGGAAUACACCUGCCGGCUCCUGGGCAUCACCACUGCUGCAGGAAGAAGAAGGAAGAUCCGAGGAAAGGAGCAAAGCAGUAUGUGACUCAUGAGGCUGGAAGGAGGAAGCGGCUACACUGUAAAGAGCAUUAUACUGGGAAACAUUUCCCAUCACAUUCUGAGCUUUGGUUGUGAAGAUCAGCCCACAGGAACUUGGCUAUUUCUACACCACAUAUAGUAAGCCAACCAGAGGAAAGAUGGCAGCCCUGUUUUAUUUUUCAUGGGAUGACAGCUCUUUCAAGAUUGUCCUGGGUUCUAUUCAGCCUUCUGAAGAGGGCUGUGAACAAAAAGAAAUGUUGUCUGACAUAAGUGGCUGACACUGUGAAGAAGGGGCUCAGGAAACCCUCAGGAGUCCAGGUAAGGGUCAGAUGAAGAAGCCUUGUGUGUGUGGAAUGGACAGAGAACAAUGGGAGCAUGGACAAUGCUUUCUGGAAACCUGCCACGUGGAUGAGUGAGCAGAUGCAUUCUCCCUGAACACUGAGAAGGAAUAGGAAGUGAAUACCUCGGUUCUCCCUGACACUGAGACCUAGAAGAAAUUUCUCCUGUGGGCCUGUAUAAGUGUGUUUUCACACUGCUGAUAAAGACAUGCCCAAGACUGGGCAAUUUACAAAAGAAAGAGGUUUAAUUGGACUUAGAGUUCCAUGUGGCUGAGGAAGCCUCACGAUCAUGGUAGAAGGCCAGGAGGAGCAAGUCACAUCCUACAUGGAUGGCAGCAGGCAAGGAGAGACAGUUUGUGUGGGGGAAUUCCUCUUUUUAAAACCAUCAGAUCUCUUGAGAUUUAUUCACUAUCACGAGAACAACACGUGAAAAACUUGCCCCCCUGAUUCAAUUACCUCCUGCUUGUCCCUCCCACAACAGGUGGGAAUUCAAAAUGAGAUCUGGGUGGGAACACAGCCAAACCAUGUCAGGGUCCUUACAAGGGAGAUGCUAUUCUACGUGGGAGACACUAUCCUCAAUAGUGCCAAUGAACCAUGUGGGUCUGCAGAGUCCUUCCUCAUCACCAAAGAGUGGGGUAUCAGCACAGAUGGACUCACAGGUGAAUUCUACCAACACUUAAGGAAGAAAUAACUAUUCUACACAAACUCUUCCAGAAAUUUGAAAGGAGGGAAUACUUCUCAACUCAUUCUAUAAAAUUAGUAUUUAUGUGGAUACCAAAACCAAAGAUAUUACAAGAAAACUAUAGACUAAUAUUCUUCUCAAUAUAGAUGCAAAAAUUCUAAGCAAAGUUUUAACAAACACAAAUAUAUUGAAAGAAUAAUAUAUCAUAAUCAAGUGGAGUUCAUCUCAGAAAUGCAAGGUUGUUUUAAUAUUUGAAAAAUCAAUUAAUGUAACUUACCAUGUGUUAUGGACUAAAUGUUUGUGUCCCCCCAGCCAAAUUUAUAUGUGGAAAUCCUAACACCCAAGAUGAUUGUAUUAGGAGGUAGGGCCUUCUCUGAAUGGAAAUAAUGCCCUUAUAAAAGAGACCUGAGAGAGCUCCCUAGGCCCUUCUAUCAUACAAUGUGCGGUAACAGUGAGAAGACAGUUUUCUAUAAGGAAGGGGUCCCUCAGAUACCAAAUCUGCCAGCACCUUGAUCUUGCACUUCCCAGCCUCCAGAACUGUAGGAAAUAAAUUUCUGUUGUCUAUAAGGUACCCAGUAUAUGGGAUUUGGUUAUAGCAGCUGAAAUGGACUAAGACAUCAUAUUUAAAAACUAAAAAAGAAAAACCAUAUUAUCAUCUAAAUAGACACAAAGUUUUAAACAAAAUCCAACAUUCUUUUAUGAUUAAAAUAAAACUAUCAUCAGCAAACUAGUAACAAAAGGAAACUCCCUCAACCUUAAGAGGUCAUUACAGAAAACAUACAUCUACUUAAAUGUAAAAGACCAGGUGCUUCCUCCUAAGAUUAGGAACAAGGCAAGGGUGUCCACUCUACCACGUCCAGUCAGCAUUGUACUGGAGGUUCUAGCCAGUGCAAGAAACAGAAACAAAAUGCAUACAGAUUGUCCAGGAAAAAGAAAAAUUUUAUUCACAGAUGACAUUAUCAUCUAUAGAAAAUCUAAUAGAAUCUACCCCAAAAGCUACUUGAGCUAAUGGAGGGAAUAGCAACAUUGCAGAAGACAAGCUUAAUAUAUAAUAAUCAACUGUAUUUCCAUACAUUAACAACAAACAAUUAGAAAAUGAAAUCUUUAGAAAUACAAUUUAUAAUAGCAUUGAAAAUCUGAAAUAUUUAGGGAUAAAUCUGACAAGAGAUGUAAAACAAACUACACUAGAAACUAGAAAACAUUGCUGAGAGAUAACAAAGAAAAUCUAAAUGAAUGGAGAUGUAUCUUGUUGAUGGGUCAGAAGGCUCAAUAUCAUUAAGACAUCAGUUCUCCCCCAAAUUGCUAUACAGUUUCAAUAGGAGCUCAAUCUGAAGUCUCUUCCAACUGAAUGUCCAGAAAUAUCUGCCAUGAAAUCCUUCCCUUUUCCCACACUGUCUCUGAACCCUGGCUCAUGUAUAUCAGCUGAACUGAUCUUCACACGUAGGUAAACCUCCCCACCAUGCUUACUGUUUGCCACAACUUCUGAGCUAAGAAGCCUGUGGCUACUGCCUUACUGUCCCAGUGAAUUCACAGCAACUGUUUCCAGCAACUCCGUAGUCUUGGAAAUGGUACAAAUCUAGCUUUUCACCUCUACCCUGGCGGUGACCACCUCUCCUGGACCAUCCACGCCCAUUGUCAUCAGCCUGGAGCAUCUUUCCCUGAGGUGUCUUUGGACACCCUGAGUCCAGCAGGAGAUGAGAAUGAAAAGAAGCAAUAAAUAUACACGGUGGGUUCUGAGGCUGCCCUCAGCAACAGUGAGUACAAAAUUUUCAUCCAAUGCCCAGGGCAUACAGUGCCAAGGUUAGUGUGGCCUCUCAUGACUGUGAAGCAUCCCAUGUUACCACCAAGGGCAUCACAAUGAAUGCAAGACAUAUGUCACAAUUCAACCCAUGGAGUCAGAACGGAUAAGCAACAGUGGAUCAUCAGGUCAGCCCUAUGGCAAAAGCAGCAGCAGCCUGAGGCCAGGGGAAUAUCCCCUCAGUAGGCAGCCCCGCAGAUGGCCCCAGCCUCAGGAACAUGCUGGCCUGAGCCCCGUGGGGACCCUAGCAGGGUUAUGGAGGGCUAACACAAGAGAUGUGGAGAUAGAUGGGAGUUUGGGUCACUUAUAUCCCAACUGGGCUUUGAGAAGGGACCUCAAAGUAAAUUAGUGAACAACAAGCAACAUUGGUGCACAGGGAACAGCUUUUUGGCCACAAAAAAAACCCACAAGUGUGUUAAUGGGAGCAAAGGAUGAGAAUAAACCCUCUCCUUCCACUGGAGAAUACUGAUGGGAACCGCCUGCCUCUUAUAAUAGCUUUCCUAGCCAUCGUCUGCAUUUGCGCAGCACUCUCAUUUACUUAGACUGAGCAGUGGUCGGCACCAUUUUGCAUGUUUUUAUUUUCCCCAUUUUCCAGAAGAAGAUGCAGACCAAAGAGUUAAUCACUUUCCUGAGGAUGCAGGACUCAGCUUUUCUGAUGCAGGCCCCAUAUUCUUUCUGCUCUGGUGCAGCCCCCUCCUAGCUUUCGUCUACCCAUGCUGAGACCAGAGCUCCAGGAUGAGAAGGAUACUCACGCAGUGGCUGCCCUGCCCAGGGCUGUACCACAGGCUCUUGGCCCAGGAUCUCUGAUCUCUGCUAAGCCUGAACUACAACAAACAGCUCAGGAAAGCAACACAGAAGCAAGCCCUGGACCCUGAGAGAAGAAAGUUCUUGUACCAAGGUUGGAUCUGGCCCAGACAGGAGGGACAGAGACUGGAGGGAAGGAGCUAACAAGAUGAGAGAGGCCAGGCUUGUCCGUGAAUGGCUCCAUCAAGUGUUGAUCGGCGUGGGCACUGAGACCUUCCUCCAGGGCCAGUUCAAAAGCCUGGCUUUCUAUCUGCUCAUGGCCCAGUCCGGAACACGCCAUGUCCUGGAGACAGCCCGUGGUGAAUGUUGUCUGGGGGAAUCCAGGUGAGUCCACUGGCUGUAGAUGUGAUGUCAGGAGGCCACGUGUGAGAAGACAGCCCUCAGGAAAGCGAAGGAAGACAGAGGCGCCAGCCUCCCUCACCUGUCUCCACCUGCAGGUUUACAGGAGCCGCUGUCUCCAUAUGUGAAGGGGCCUACUUUGUGGCUCAGCUGCUGGCCAUCUGCUUCCAGUGUCAACCAGGGUCCCUGGCAGACAGAGUAAGGGAGAAAGCCCACUGGCUGGGCUGCUUCCAGAAGUUCCUGGCCUACCUGCUGCUGUCGGUGGCCUGCUUCCUCCACCCGGUCCUGGUCUGGCACGUGACCAUCCCAGGCUCCAUGCUCAUCAUCACUGGCCUGGCCUACUUCCUUCUGAGCAAGCGGAAGAAGAGGAAAGCUGCCCCCGAGGUGCUGGCCUCCCCAGAGCAGUACACAGACCCCUCUAGCAGCGCUGUGAGCACCACCGGCUCUGGGGACACAGAGCAAACCUACACUUUCCAUGGGGCCCUCAAGGAGGGGCCCAGCUCCCUUUUCAUCCACAUGAAGAGUAUCCUGAAGGGGACCAAGAAGCCCAGUGCCUUCCAGCCCCCCAACACCCUGAUGGAGCUGAGCCUGAAGCCAGCCGACUCCCUGGCCAAGAAGAAGCAGGUGCACUUUGAAGACAACUUGGUCCGCAUAGUCCCCUCCCUCGCGGAAGGUCUGGAUGAUGGGGACAGUGAGCCAGAGGAGACCACCUCUGACACGACACCCAUCAUUCCCCCUCCCCAGGCCCCGCUCUUCCUGUCAUCUCUUACAGCCACUGGCCUGUUCUGAGCGCUUGCUCCAGCCUGGAGGACGCUCAGUGAGGGGUCUACCUAGCUCAAUGGCCCUCCCUGGAGUUUCAGGGUCUUCUCUGGUCAGCUUUUCAAGGGGUAACCAGACACCCCCAUGCUGGCUGGGCCCCUGAGGCCAUCAGGAGGUGUGACUGGCCAGCAUUUCUGCAGAGGCCUCGAGGGAGGCACAAACAAGGCUCAUGCCACCUCAAGCCAGCACAAGUUCCUUCCUCCUGGCCACAGGUGGGGAAACACUUAUGCUUCCCCAACAAGACCAUCACUGCCACUGCGCACGAGGCUGCAGGUGCCAUUGACUCAGCCCAGAAGGGACAGAGGAUGUCUGCCCAGCAAAAGCCUCUGGGCUUUUCUUACUCCUGACCCAGGGCACAACACUCAGUGAGGAACCUAUGGUCCACCCAUCUCUGCAGGCCCAGGGAAGUGUCAGUAACUUAAGCAUCUCUAAGGCAGAGAAGGUGGCUGUGGGUCUUGACCAACCAAGACUGCUCAGGGUCGGGAGGGGAGGCUGCAGGCCUCUGGUGAGAGCAGCCGGGCUGUGGGCCACAUUCUCUUCAUGCUCUAGGGCUGGAGCUGAGCUGCUCAGGAAAACAAUGCCGCUCUGUGCUCACUGUGGGAAAGCCAGGCCAGAUGAGCAAAGCUCAUUCCAGAAACAUGGCUGGGGACUUCCAGCCUCCUUAUCACAUGGCCUUUCCAAGAUUCCAGGUUGAUGAUGCAAACUGAAAGCAGUGAAUGCCAGGGCCCAGAAGGCAAUGUCUGCUGUGUGCAGGACCACAGAGGCUGCCCAGGGGUGGCACAGCACAGAGAAGUGGCAGUGCCAUGUUUAGGCACUUGGUAGCAGAAUAGGUGAUAAAUAUAAAUUUCUUCAAAAUGAAAGGAAGUGAGGGGGGAAGAAGAGGAGGGAAAAUGGGAGGAUAGGAGGAAGUGGGCAGGCAGGCAAGUUCUCUGCCAUGGGGCCACGGAAGUGACAGUUAACCCAGAAGGAACAAAGACAUCUGAAUCAGAUAUUCCUUUGUAAAUCUGUAAAGGAUUUGUAAUAUAGGCUUUACUUCUAAAAAUUGUUGUCGGGUCCAUGAGGCUGUUGCCAGGAAGAGCAGACACACCAUUCUUCAUGGCAACUGCAGUGAGGGAGCAGUCAGGAGGCAGAGUCCUGUGGCUUCUCAGUCCCUGUGGAGGCUAACGCAAAGCUCUGUAGAACAAGCCUUAGAGUGCACGCUCUACGGUCUAAUGAGAAACUUGUGUUUGUGCUUGCACACGUUUCAAUGUUCCCUACAGGAUAUUUUACAAAGGUAUGAAAAUAAUGGCCAACCAGAAGCUAGUAUCAGUUUGGGGCCUAAAUGCAGCAGGUGUUCCUGAUAAGCAGAUAAGCAGAGCUCUUCCUGCAGUAGCCCAGGUCUCACCAAUCAAAUGACAAAUGGCUAAUCAAGACACUCCUGCAAGCCCUCGAUGGUGAGAGAUGCAGAGCUGCUUCUUCAGCUGCCGUCAAGGCAGGACCUCAGGACCUGACUGUCUACAGUCAGGGAAUAGUGAACAAUAUGGGAUAUGGGUAUAGGUAGGUGGUAGGCAAGGAUCGUGCCCCAUGGCUGAUGGGCCGGGUGUCUCAGGCAGGCCCCCUGUGCACAGAAAGAGCCUAAGUGCAGAGAAGCCAGGCGUCUUUCCCCUGUCAUCUGUGGAAGGGGAAUGCGAUGGCCACAGACACCCUCAUGGCACAGACAUGGCCAGCCUCUGACGUUCCUGUGCAUCAGAGUAGUUCUGUCCUAGAAGCCCCAGUCAGCAGAGCUGGAUGACCAGGUCUCAAGAAGCAAACCAGAAAGUGUGAUGGCAGAGAUGUCAGAUCCCGUUUAAUAAACACUUCAGUAAACCCAA